GAGCAGUAGUUUUAGAAACAGGUUAGUUGCUAUGGAGUCUGCAUUCUGACUUAUUGAGGUUGGAGGUGUGUAAAGGUAACAGUUUGUUUUCAGUUUCAAAGAUCUGGCAAAAAGAUAGGCAGUCACUCCUCUUCUGGAAAAGCCUGAUAGACCAGUAGGAUUCCUUUUAGGGCUCAACCCAAAACUUUAUCCCAUCAUUCACUAACUUCAAAAGCCAAGAUCCCAGAGAAACUGGAAGAAGAAACUUCACGGGGUCAUUCAUUUAAACAAAUGGCUAAUCCAGGAGGUGGUACUGUCUGUAAUGGAAAACUUCACAAUCACCAGAAACAGAGCAAUGGCUGCCAAAGUGGAAACCAUAAAAGAAAUGGGAUCAUUAGAGAAACACAGGAAAAUGGAAAGACACAUUUCUAUAAUAAGCCAUUUGUUGAAUCUUUUGAAGAAGUACCAAUGUACGCUGCUAUUUUCACUUACUUGGGUUAUGGAAUUGGAACAUUAUUUGGCUACCUCCGAGACUUUUUGAGAAACCAUGGAAUAGAGAAAUGCAACAUGGCUGUAGAACGAAAAGAGCAAAAAGACUUUGUGCCCCUAUAUCAAGACUUUGAGAAUUUUUAUACAAGGAACCUUUACAUGAGAAUCCGAGAUAACUGGAAUCGGCCAAUCUGCAGUGUUCCAGGGCCUACAUUUGAUGUGAUGGAACGAGUGACAGAUGAUUACAACUGGACAUUUAAGUUUACUGGAAGAAUUAUUCAGGAUGUCAUAAAUGUGGGUUCUUACAACUAUCUCGGCUUUGCAGAAAAUAGUAAUGAAAGUUUAACAACAGUAAGGAAUGUACUAAAGAAAUAUGGAGUGGGUGUGUGCAGCAGCAGGCAGGAAAUGGGUAACACUGAUAAACUUGAAGAGUUGGAGGACCUGGUAGCCCAGUUUCUGGGAGUAGAAGCAGCUAUGGUGUUUGGAAUGGGUUUUGCUACCAACUCAAUGAAUAUUCCAGCACUGGUUGGAAAGGGUUGCCUGAUUUUAAGUGAUGAAUUAAAUCACACCUCUAUCAUUCUUGGAGCCAGACUUUCAAAGGCAACGAUAAGGACCUUCAAACACAACAACAUGCAAAGUCUAGAGAAGCUACUAAGAGAAGCUGUGAUCUAUGGCCAGCCUCGAAGUCGAAGAGCAUGGAAAAAAAUCCUCAUUCUAGUAGAAGGCAUCUAUAGCAUGGAAGGUUCCAUUGUGCGCCUGCCUGAGAUCAUUGCCUUAAAGAAGAAGUACAAAGCUUACCUCUACUUGGAUGAAGCUCAUAGUAUUGGAAGUUUAGGCCCAAGAGGCCAGGGGGUCGUGGAUUACUUUGGAAUGGAUCCUUAUGAUGUUGAUGUGCUCAUGGGAACGUUCACUAAAAGCUUUGGAGCAGCUGGAGGAUACAUAGCUGGAAGAAAGGACCUGGUGGAUUAUUUAAGAGUUUAUUCACAUAGUGCUGUUUAUGCUACAUCUAUGUCUGCACCUAUAGCAGAGCAAAUAAUCAGGUCUAUGAAAUCUAUCAUGGGACUAGACGGAACAACAAAUGGAAUACAGAGAAUCCAGCAACUUGCACAAAACACAAGAUACUUCAGAAAAAGAUUGAAUGAAAUGGGUUUCAUUAUUUAUGGCAAUCAAGAGUCACCUGUUAUUCCCCUUCUCCUUUAUUUACCUAGUAAAGUAGCGGCAUUUGCAAGAAUCCUAUUACAAAGAAAAAUUGGUGUUGUAGUAGUAGGCUUUCCAGCCACUCCAAUAAUAGAAGCUCGGGCUCGGUUUUGUAUGUCAUCUUCACAUACUCAGGAAAUGCUAGACACGGUCUUGAAAGAGAUUGAUGAAAUAGGUAAUCUUCUGAGACUGAAAUACUCACGGCACAAAAAGUCAGCUCGUCCUGAACUACUGGAUGAAACAAGCUUUGAACUUGAAGAUUAAGUUUCCAAGCUGGAAGAGAACAGAGACUUUGCCAAAAAAGACCUCCCUCCUUGCCUCAAAAGGAAUAUAAAUGUAUUUCUUCUCUUUCUUAGAACAGUUUUCGUUUCUUGAGUAACCAACUCAAUUGAGGAAAGCACUGCUGUUGAAGUUUUACUGUCUCCAACUUGUUCCUAUAGAGGCUGAAAUACAGUUCCAGAUUUAAGUUUCUCCUCUCCUAAGGCUUCCCAAAGAAAAACACACUUCUUAGAGUAUUUUUGAUGGCAAAGAGCCUGGAUCUCAUUUGCUACCGUGCAGCCUCAUUGGAUCAGUGCCUUUCAGGGAAAUGGGGAAAAGAGGUUUAAAAUUUUAAUUUAGCAGGUUUUAUUGUGCUUUAUUUAGUUAAAGCAUAUUUCAUCUGCAGACUUGUGGGAUGUUUUUAUUUGUACCAACUCUAAAAGCAUCUAUCAUCAUUUUAGAACGUUUCAGAAAAAAAGAGACAUGAAUUUCUAUUUGCCAUAUUUUCUAUUUCUCAAAAGUCAGGUGCUGAAAGAAAAUUAAUGCUUUGAGGGAGUAAGUAGAGCUGGUGAACAAGUACUGGAGAAAGUCUUUGAAGAAAAAUAGUCUUUUCCUCAUAUUGACCCUACAUGGUUUAUUCCAAUUUUCUAAGUUUUCCUUUCCAGAGCAUGAGCCAAAUUUAGGUCUGGACGUGAGUGUGGUUAAAAAUAAAGACUUUUUCUCCUAA